AUGGUAUCCACCGCUGUAUCAAGCGUGCUACAGCAUCCGGGCCAUGACUUCAUCGUCGAGCGCAUUCUCGCCGACCUAGACUGGCGCAGCAUCCUCAACGCAGGCAUGACCUGUACCAACCUCAGCAACAUCGUCAUGGGCAGUUCCCGUCUACAGCUUCCCCUGCGCGUGGCAUACUAUGGCCUUCCAUCCAGUUACACGGACUUCGAUCGCCCCAUGUUUGCCGCCGACUUCCCUUCCCUUGGAUACCGUCUGGACCGGCUGGUUGACCUGCAGCACCGGUGGAUCAACCUGCAGCCAAGGAACAUCACGAUUUUAAAGAACGGCGACCGGUCGGAAAUUCCCACUGGUGGUCUUCUGGUCAAGCCCAAGAUGGGACCCGAUUCUGCCGCCCGCGCCAACAGCGCGGACUGGAUCAACCAGUCGACUGAUGAAUCCGAUGAGUCCGAUUUCAAACUCUUCUACGGCUGGAUCGUCAAAGACGCAUACGGUCUUGGGGAUGAUGCAAACCCGAAAGGGUGGAUGCCUUCCUGCAAAUUCACCUGCGACAUGUGGUUCCAGAGUCUCGACGCAUCUCGCGAGGACAAUGUCGUCGUCGUGUCACGGACCAGGAUCGUAGACAAUGUCUUCCAAGUGACCCUCAGGUGUUAUCUGCUGGAGCCAAUUGGGGACCUCUCCUGGCACGAUGGAGCAAAAAUCAAUGCCAUUCCCCAUCCAGAGGCGGUGCCGAUCGAGUUCACGGAGACGUUUCGGGAAUCUACGCACCACCACGACGAGUGCCACGUCCAACUCGGUCCCGGUGGGUCGCUCAAAACAGACCUAGGGCACCCUCAAAGUACCAGACAGUGGAACUGGCGCACCGGUCAGCAGAUGCAGGCUUUCUACGAGGUCCUGGACGAAGGGCGUGACCCAGCCGAAUCUGCACUCUUGGGUGUGGGUGACAUGAUUGUCGCCAACACCUUUGGGGACCGCUGGGAGGACGAAGAGGGGCAGUAUCAUAUCAACCACGACAACAGGAACGUUACGAUCUCUCUUCUGCAAAGCCACGCCGUGACAGCUUCACCGCACGCGGUAAAGGAAGUGGCGCCACAAUUCCAGUUCACCAAGGCCAACUGCAACAAGGCAACCGGCAGAGUCACUGGCCAACUCGUGUUCCCUCCACUGCAAGCGGCGGACCGCGCUUACGUCAAUCCGUUCAUCGUUGACCACGCUGCUUAA